AUGCAUUUGGCUGCAACGCCCACCUCGAACUUCUUCCCUCCACUUCUCCACCCGACUGCCGGACCCGUAUGCAUGCGGUCUGCUCCUGAAUUCUUCUCUGUGACGUGGCGGGGCACAUGCCGCCGGCGGAAGGUCAAAUGCGGCGAAGAGCGACCCGUCUGCAAGCGUUGCCUCAAUUUGCGACUCAGCUGCGAAUGGGGCGUCCCGGUAAAGCGCGGUCGCAGUGCGCAAAUCCGUCAUCUGCAGCCGGCCCCGACGACCGGCGACCAGAGCCUCUGGACCCCCGAUGCCGCCGAGCUUAUCGACAUUGAUAUUCCCACAGACACUUUGCUGGCCGGCCUAUCGCCAAUCUCAUGGCCCGGGGACGCUGUGACCCUGGACGGCCUCGGCCCUCAGAUUCCUGCCUUCGUUCCAGCCGUCGCCGCCUCGGCCUGCGUGCCGACUCCCCUCUAUCCACCGCUGAGCGUCAACGAGAUCGCGUGUGCAAAUUCGUUAACGCUAACCGAACACGACCGAAAUUACUUCCAAUACUUUCCGUCCUCCUCGAUUGUCUACUAUUACAUGAAAGGAUGGCAUUGGAGCAGUUUCUGCUACCUCUACGAGGGACCCGCGGCGACGAACAAGGUGAUCAUGCGCAUGAUCCUCGCUCUGGCCGCAAGCGAUAUGCAUCGCCACGGAUUGGUGGUCAGGUCCCCUGGCCGUCCCACCGCAGACGAUCACGGGCGAUAUCAUUAUAGCCUCGCGGUCAAGGAGUUCAGGCAACUCCUCGAGGCUCCACGCCGAAAUGUCUCCGUGGAGGAACUGGAAAUUAUCUUCGCAACCAUGUUCUUGAUGGUGACGUACGAGUGGCAGUUUGGUCACUCAGUGCGGCAUCUUCAAUUACACCUGCAUGGGGUGCGAUCACUCGUGGAAUCUCAUCCCCAACUUUUCCGCCUCAAAGAUGUCAAUGACGUGUUUCUGUCCUCGGAAAAUGAAGCAGCAUCUCCGGACGAUCGGACCAGUUCGAAGGUGUCUUUUAUACCGGAACAGUUUUUGCUAUGGAUUUUAUACAUUGAUGCCAGCUGCCGGCCCAUGGGCCUGACCGAAUCCCUGAAUGACUAUGCAAUUCAAUCGAAGAACCCAGCGUUGCACCCAGACCACUUGCAUCGCUGUGCUCGCCUCUGGGGCCGAUGUUUCUGGGGUGAGCAGUACCCCGAUCAAGAGGUCUUGGAUGAUAUUGAAAAUUACAGAGCCCUGGAACUACUACAUGCCGGGUUCUGUAUGCGCCAUCGGACUUGGAGAGUACUGGUGGACAAUGAGGCUGGAACCGACCCCACCGACUCACUCUUCCAAGAAAUUCUGGCGACACGCGAUAAAUUUUCCGACCUCUUCAUCACUGCCAGGUUUGCUGGCCCUGUCUCGGCUCGGCGCACGCUGAACACUAUCUACAUGGCUGUCUGUACGUUCUACGCCCAGAUCUUGCUUCAUCGCCGACUCCUGUGUGUCGAUACCUCACCCACGACCAUCCACCGACAGGCCACUAUGGGCAUCAUCGAUAUUGCUCGAAAGCAGUUCGCUUCGGAUGCUCGACCCUUGCGGCGGCUUCACUGGCCACUUCUCAUGGCAAUUAUUGAAACAGAUGACGCGAGCCACCGGGUGUGGAUUCGCCAACGUCUGUUUGAGCUGCGCGACUUUCAUUCUGAAUACAUGUGGGCCAACGAGAUCGCCGAUCAGGUCCUGGCUCGGCAGGACGUGAGCCAAGGAUGUUAUGCGAACCUGGCCGAGUUGCUGUUGCAGCGACUGCGUGUUCAGUGA